AUGGAGACAGUUCCAAAUAAAUGGGAUGAAUGAGACACUCUCGCACAGAAGGAAGGAUUUGUGGAGGAAGAAUUGAGGCUCUUGCUUGUUGCCAAGUUAAGGCUUGAUCAUCUGAAUAAGUUGAGAAAUAAAUAAAGAAAUAGAAGCCAAAAGCAUCAAGCAGGAGAGACUGAAACAAGAGAAAAUCAGGAAGGAAAUCCAAGACGAAGAGAUCAAGGAUGAAAGGAGUUAUGAUAUAAUCUCAGGCAUUGAGAUUUCAGAUGAUGACUAUAACGAAGAGAAUACCCAGUAUACUACCCUUGAGGAUAUUGGUGUCAGCUCCCAAUCUUUAAGCCUUCUUGAUCCUCCCGAAACAAUUGGAGCCGAAGAGUAUUGGCUUAAUGAUGAGAUCAUUAAUGGCUAUAUUGAGCUUAUUAGGAAAAGAAACGUAAAAGACAUUGAAAUUUUCAACACAUGGGCAUACCCAAAACUUAAGCAGCUCCACCAAGAAGACAAGAUCGAGAAGUUUGACAGAACUCUGUCAAGGAGAGGAGUCAAAAGGAUUUCAGACCUUUCCAAGUUGUUCAUACCUGUGAAUAUUGAAAGAAGCCAUUGGCUUUUAAUAGUUGUAAAUAUUGCUUAUAUGAAAUUCGAAAUCUACGACAGCAUUCAAGGAUUUGGAAGAGCAGAUGAGAUACUUACUCCCAUCAAAGAAAUGAUCAACUACAGACUGAAGAAAGAAGAGAACAACAAGAUCCUCAACUGUGAUUCAGAUUAUUGGGAUGUAGCUAGUAUGGAUUGCCCUCAACAAAAGAACGGUUCAGACUGUGGAGUAUGCGUAUUACUCAACAUUAAUCUAUUGUCCAUUGGAAGGAUGCUAAAUUAUAAACUAACCACACCUAAGUCUAAAACAAGAGAAAGAUCUUUACUCAUCAACCUCCAUAGUGCCAAGGAGGACGAAAGCAGGAAGAAGAGGGAGCAUAUCAAGAACGCUCUCUUGAGAGGAUACCUUGACGAUGAAAAUGAUAAUGAUUUAGGAAUGAUUCUCUAUUCCUCAUCCCAAGAAGAUACAAUUGAGAUCUAGCCCAUCUCUAGCAUAAUUUAUG